GACUCUUUCAACCCAGCGUCAUCUCUUCAUCAGCUUCCAGUGUGGGUGUUCGAUUUCCCCCUAUUUCCAACACUCUUUGGGUAGGCCGGCACGGGACCCGACCCUUGGAACAGCGCUACGUAAGUACAUACCUCUGCACAGCCAACCCCGAGCUGACUGGCGCAUCCCCCGAACCGUUGGAGACGUAUCCUCUGCGCUCCGGGUAGCGUAAGGUGACAUGUCUACUGCGCGAAGACCAGGCCGUACAGCAGGUGGCAUCAUUGACCAUCACAAGGCCGAUUUACUCACUGACACGGAUGACGUCAUGUCUGCGCUUUCUGAACCCGGCCGUUGAACCCUUAAAGCGCCUUCAGUUCCGGCUCCUUCAGUGAGACACACAGCGUCGGACUCCGGAUCGGAAUCAGUCAAAUUAUGUCGUUCAAGCCUCCCUCCGAGAUCUCAGUCACAUCUCGCCAGAUCCCCAAAUGGGGCGGAAUCCCUAACACCUCCGUCCAGUCUAAGCCACUCAUGAUCUACCACAAAGCUUUUAACGCGUCCGCUAGGGACCUCGCGACGCACCUAGAGGAGAUUGGCGAGGUCAGGCCACAGUGGGUCUAUUCCAUGUACAGCCAAACGCACUUCCACAGCACCACUCACGAGGUCCUGGGAGUGGUUUCCGGCCGUGCACGACUUUGCUUCGGUGGAGAAACGAACCCCGACCGUUUCGAGCCGACCGUCGAAAAAGGCGAUCUGAUCAUCGUGCCCGCCGGCGUCGGCCACCGGCUCCUGGAAGACCUUGGUACCGGCCACGAUUCCUUCCUGAUGGUCGGCGCGUACCCACCCCAGAAACAGUGGGAUAUGUGCUACGGCGAUUCAAGGGAGGAAAACAAGGUUUCCAGGAACAUUCAGGAGCUGGGUUGGUUCCACAGCGAUCCCUUGUAUGGCACAGACGGGCCUGUGCUGCAGGUCUAGGUAAAUCCCGUGAUGAUUCGGGUAGUAGCGGCCGUGCAUUCUUUACCAUAAAUGCUCCUUUGUACAUGAUUAUCGUAUAUGCACAGCGAUCGUGUUAAUUCCAAAAAGCCAGAGUUUCC